CUGCUUCGGUGAGCAGGAACGAGGGUUCGAACUCCUUUACUCGCCUGAGAGCUUUUGGGCUCGUGGGGUCACGAUGUCAGAGAAAAAGCAGCCGGUAGACUUGGGUCUCUUGGAGGAGGACGACGAGUUCGAGGAGUUCCCUGCGGAAGACUGGGCUGGUUUAGAUGAAGAUGAAGAUGCACAUGUCUGGGAGGAUAAUUGGGAUGAUGAUAACGUAGAGGAUGACUUCUCCAAUCAGUUAAGAGCUGAACUAGAGAAACAUGGUUAUAAGAUGGAGACCUCAUAGCAUCCAGAAGAAGUGUUGAAGCAGCCUAAACCUGAACUGUUUACUAAAUUCUAGAACAGAGAGCCCAGGAUGGGAUACUUAAAAAUGUUUAUUUCAUUACCUGUUUUGAUUUAUUUUUGUUUUUGUAACACAAAAAAAUAAAUGUUUUGAUCUAA